CGUUUCCUCACCUCUCAGCAAUGAUCAUCGCUCCACAUACCUCGAGUUUCCUUACUCGGAUCUAGCCAGGCAGAAGCAUCCCAUUACGAAACUCAAACCACCCCAUCCAUUCAUUUCAGCAGUCGAUCUUGACUAGUGAGCAACCUACGUUUCUAUCCUGGGAACCCCGUAUGAAACUCCCCCACAUCAACCGACCAACUGGCGGUCUGCAUGUCCACGCCCUGGAAUGCAGAUCUCGUAUUUCCGUCUACACCAAUGCAAGCAUGAACCACAACCACGAUCUCCAGACUCAGCUCCCAAGUCCAUCACCCCUUGCCUCGGAUCUUGCAGCCCCAAACGGAUACGAGAUGGUGAUGUCCUGCAACAAAUUACCCAGCUGAACAGCACUAUUGGAUAGCUGCUCCCUUUGCCACGACAUCGCAUCGUAUCCUGGGUAUGAGUGAGGGAGAGCCCUUCGCCACAAACAUGACUCGAAAGGCCAUCUCAAAAGCUAUAUAAACCCUCUUGGACCCCGUGGAAUAGACAUCUAUCAUCAGCAUCCAACUCCAUCAAACAAGCAAUCCACAACAAGCCUACAAAGCCUUAUUUACAAACCUCGCUUUUCUCGCUUCAAAUCAGUCAAAAUGCAGUUCUUCAAGACCGCCGUUUUCUUCUCUCUCGUGGCCGUUGGCCUCGCCGCCGCCUCCGAAGGCGACGCUGGAAUGAUGCAGAAGCGCGGAUUCGGCUGCCCCGAUGAUGGACCUUGCAACACCCACUGCAAGGAUAUCGGCCGUAACGGUGGCUACUGCGCUGGUUUCCUCCAGCGGGUGUGCACUUGCAACGAGAAGAAGUAAAUGGAAUACCCUAUUCAGACGAGAGUUGAGAGUGGGUGGUGGUGGUUGAUUGGCUCGGAGCCUGUCUGUUGAGAACUGGACUGUUGGGUUCGGUAGUAUAGGACGUGUCGACACAUUGUUCGUUCAUUCGUUUAUACAAUAGUUUGCCAUUGCUCCUUCCAUCCAGUGUAGUAUUUGGUCUUCAAAUUGCUCACGGGUGGAGGGAAUAUCAUCUUUGAA